AUGGUAACCAAGGAGACAGGGGAGAGACAGCAGCAGGAUCUGUUCACCAAGAUGGAGAACACAGGGAAGUUAGCCGGCCGCACGCUCUUCAUCACCGGGGGCAGUCGAGGGAUCGGUAAGGCCAUCGCUCUGAAAGCUGCCAGAGAUGGAGCCAACAUCAUCAUCGCCGCCAAGACCGCUGUGCCCCACCCCAAACUGCCGGGAACCAUCUACAGCGCUGCGGAGGAGGUGGAGGCCGCCGGAGGGAAAGCGUUGGCCUGCAUCGUCGACAUUCGCGACGAGCAGCAGAUCGGAGAGGCCGUUCAGAAAGCUGUCGACAAGUUUGGAGGAAUCGACAUCCUGGUGAACAACGCCAGCGCCAUCAGUCUGACAGGAACUCUGGAGACGCCCAUGAAGAAGGUGGACCUGAUGCUGGGAAUCAACCUGAGAGGAACCUACCUGACGUCUAAGAUGGUCCUCCCUCACCUGCUGAAGGGUCACAAUCCUCACAUCCUGAAUCUGUCGCCUCCGCUCAACCUCAACCCCGUCUGGUUCAAGAACCACACAGCGUACACAAUGGCGAAGUACGGUAUGUCCAUGUGCGUCCUGGGAAUGGCCGAAGAGUUCAGAGGUCAAAUCGCUGUCAACGCCCUCUGGCCUAAAACCGCGAUACAGACGGCAGCAAUGGACAUGUUGGGCGGAGACGGAAUUGGGAAACAGUGUCGUACGACUGACAUCAUUGCGGACGCCGACGCAAUCCUGUCCCGAUCGAAGGACUACACAGGUCACUUCCUGGUGGAUGAGGACGUCCUUAAAGAGCAGGGAGUCCAAAACUUCGAUCAGUACGCCGUCCAACCAGGGCACCCCCUGCUGCCAGACUUCUUCCUGGACGACGCACCCGAGACACUGGUGAAAAAGAUGGAGGAACACGGGGCGACCCCAGCCUUCAAACCACCGCCUCCCUCCAGUGGACCAAUAGAAAGCACGUUUGACGCCAUCAGAGGAGUCAUCAACGAAGACGUCGUCAAGACAACACAGGGCAUUUAUCAGUUCGACCUAUCAGGAGAUCACAAAGGCGUUUGGUUCCUGGACUUGAAGAGCGGCGCCGGCAGCGCGGGGGCCGGCCAGCCCGUCAAAGCCGACGUCAUCAUGGCGAUGGACUCGAGCGACUUCAGCAAGAUGUUUGCAGGGGAGCUGAAGCCGACGAUGGCCUUCAUGUCGGGGAAGCUGCGGAUCAAAGGCGACAUGACGCUCGCCCUCAAACUGGAGAAACUGAUGACCCGCAUGAGCAAGGCCAAACUGUGAGACUGAAGCCCCGCCCCCAGACCCACUCAGGCCCCGCCCACCCGCUGUACAUGUUGCCUUAAUAAAAUAAUAAUGAAAUAAUAACAUUUUAAUAAAACCUUAAUAAAAAACUGAAAACGUUGUGGUUUCAUUCAGAGAACUCUGUUUAUAUCUCUGAUAUUAUUAUACUGAGGACAUUCAGCACACAGACCAUUAUUAACAUUAGAAUUAAUGUUAAUAUUCAUAUAUAAAUAUAUAUAUAUAUAUUUAUAUAUAUAUAUUUAUAUAUAUAUCUAUAUAUUUAUAUAUAGAUAUAUAUAGAUGUGUGUGUUGCAGCCAGUCACUCCACCAUCUCUCCCUGUUGCGUGUCAACAAGUGUGAAGUGUGUAUUUCAGCCUGUGUGUGUGGAUCAAUAAACUGUCUUAUGUGUAAAAGCUGGUGUCACAUUUUACACAUCAAACAAUAAAAACUGUUUAAGUAAAAA